UGGAGAAAUGCGGUGCCCCAGUUUCCCAGGGAUGGUUUAGGCAGCUGUCUCCACCCCAGACUUCCGGUUCCUGUCCUCGAAAUAGGGCCGCAGGCACCAUGGAGGAACCGGAGAUGCAGCUCAAGGGAAAGAAAGUAACAGACAAGUUCACUGAGAGUGUCUACGUCCUGGCCAACGAGCCAUCCGUGGCCCUGUACCGGCUGCAGGAGCACGUGCGCCGCUCUCUGCCUGAGCUGGCCCAGCAUAAGCGCCGUGAAGAACCUUGUCGACAGCAGCGUCUACUUCCGCAGCGUGGAGGGCCUCCUCAAACAGGCCAUCAGCAUCCGAGACCACAUGAACGCCACAGCCCAGGGCCACAGCCCCGAGGAACCGCCCCCGCCCUCUUCAGCCUGAUCCCGGAAGAGACUUGGAGGUGCUUUGGCCCCUCUGACUCAGGCCUGCUCUGUACUCUGAGGGUCCUGCCCCUGGGAAGCCCCUUCCUGGCCCCUGCCUCAUCCCCCAGCAAGGCCUCUGGAUGCCCCAAGAUUGGUCCGCAUGCCCCAAGAUUGGUCCGCAUGCCCCUACGCUACUCAGACCCUCUCCAGGACUCCAGUUCUUCAAGAAACCCAUGGAAACACCCCUUUUGUGCUACCGCAACACACGGCCCAGGCUCCGGGAGACAGAGCUGGACAGAGACAUUUCUAAAGCACGGGGUCAGCGCUCAGGUCCUGGCCCGGGGAACAGGACACCCCAGUCCCCGGACUCCCGCUGUCCUGUCACAGUACCUGCUCCAGGUGGCCACUGUGCUCAUAUCCAUCACUGUAGAUUCAGCACGCACCACCACCUCCCCCCAGCAGUUCCGGUCACGCCAACAUCUGGAGAAGGGGCCGCCAGACCAAGGACACUCCACCCAGCCUGGGACAAUGGGGAGGAAGAAAAUUCAGAUCUCACGCAUUCUGGACCAAAGGAAUCGGCAGGUGACAUUUACUAAGCGGAAGUUUGGGCUGAUGAAGAAGGCCUAUGAGCUAAGUGUACUCUGCGACUGUGAGAUCGCCCUCAUCAUCUUCAAUAGCGCCAACCGCCUCUUCCAGUACGCCAGCACGGACAUGGACCGUGUGCUACUGAAGUACACAGAGUACAGUGAGCCUCACGAGAGCCGCACCAACACCGACAUCCUUGAGACACUGAAGCGGAGGGGCGUGGGCCUUGAUGGACAAGAGCUAGAGCAAGAGGAGGUGAUUGAGGGGCCAGGAGAGAAGCUGCGGAGGCUGGCAGGUGAUGGGGGUGACCCAGCCUUGCCCCGACCCCGGCUCUAUCCAGCAGCUCCCACUAUGCCCAGCCCUGACAUGGCAUAUGGGGCUCUGCCCCCACCAGGCUGUGACCCCAGUGGGCUUGGGGAGGCCCUGCCUGCCCAGAGCCGCCCAUCCCCCUUCCGUCCAGGAGCCCCUAAAGCUGGCCCCCCAGGCCUUGCGCACCCUCUCUUCUCAGCAAGCCACCUUGGCAGCAAGACACCACCGCCCCUGUACCUGGCAGUGGAUGGGAGGAGGCCAGACCUGGCUGGUGGCCUGGCUGGGGCCCGAGGGGGACUGAGCACCUCGAGAGGCCUCUAUGGUAGCCUGCAGAGUCCGUGCUCCACUGCCACCCCAGGACCCCCACUAGGGAGCUUCCCCUUCCUCCCUGCAGGUCCCCCAGAAUAUGGCCUGGGAGACCCCCCUCCGCCCCCAGGCUUGCUGCAGCCCCCCACCCUGGCCCCCUGGCAGCCCUCCAGGGGUGAUGGGCCCCCAGUCACCCCCGCCCAGCCCAGUGGGGGCCGCAGCCUGGGCGAGGAAGGCCCUCCAGCCCGCGGUGCCUCCUCGCCCACCCCACCAGUCAGCAUCAAGUCCGAGCGCCUCUCGCCGGCCCCUGGAGGCCCCGGCGACUUUCCAAAGGCCUUCCCCUACCCCUUGCUCCUGGCCCGGCCCCUGGCAGAGCCCCUACGGCCUGGGCCCCCCCUGCGCCGGCUGCCCACUACCGACGGCUGGCCCCGGUAGUAGGCCCGGGGGUGGCACCGAUUCUGCCCCUCACACCAGGCGAGGUGAGGGCACGCGGGGUCCCAACCUUCCUCCCUGUGUCCUUGGAGAAGACCCAGCAGUUACGACCCUCUCCACGGCAGGGGCCUGGAGGGGGGAAAGCCUGGUUCGGAUCCAAGGUUGGGGUGCUCGUUUCCCCCUUCCCGUGUGUGUGUAUCCAUCAAUAAAACACACGGGGCAUCCGUGAACGAAACCGUC